AUGCAGAAGAACAAUAUUAGUUCAACAAAUCAGAACUCAUAUGAAGCUCCGAUGGUUUAUACAACCGUUGAAUCACUAAUAAAAAAGCGUGCCAUGAAUAAGACUAUCAUUCUUUACUGUACAGAUAAUUCAUAUAUUGACCUAUUUUUGAAUGGAUAUUAUGCCAGUCAGUUAUGGAAAUAUGAGAAUCUGGCAGUUACUUGCUUUGAUAGACUUUGCUACCAAAAACUUUACAAGCUGAAUAUUCCUGUGGCUCUUCUCAAUGUGGAAAGUGAUACGUCUGUUGACAUUACAAAAGCUGCUAUAUGCCAUACUAAGGCGUUCCAUAACAAGGUGCAUUACAAACUGGUAUUGUGGCAAAUUGUAAUAAAUAUGAAUAUUCAAAUACUGUACGUUGAUUCCGAUGUAAUAUUACUUCAAAAUCCUUUAUUCUAUCUAAAUUCUUUUACUGGAUAUGACAUUAUUGCCCAACGUGACGGAGAGCUAUGUUCUGGAUUUAUGUAUAUGUAUCCUACAAGGAAUACAAAAUUGGCAGUAGAAAGAUCAAUUAAAAUACGACCUAAGCUGCCAGAUGCCAAUGAUCAAGACGCGCUUAUUGCCGCCUUUAGAACGAUCCGUGAUUUUCGCUUGAAAUUACUACCAUUUGAUACUGUUCCAUCUGGUGAAGUGUUUUUCAAAUCUCAUCAUUAUUACUGGGAUCCAAUCAGUCCAAAGCAGUUGACUAUUCAUAACAACUACAUCCAUGGUUUGGAAAACAAACUAUAUAGAUUUAAAGAGAUUAAGAUGUAUAAACUGGAUAGAAAUCGAGAAUAUAGCAAUCCAUUAGCCAAGUAUUUGACAAUUGAAAUAUGGAAUUACAAAUCUGAAUUAAAAAACGCUAUAAAGCUUGCUAAAAGACUUAAGAGAAUACUAGUAAUUCCACCAUUUAAGUAUCGAAUGAAUAGCCACUUUUCCACAUUAUUCGAUAUUUUUGGCAGUGAUGGUAGCAAUGCCAUUGUGAGUAAAUAUAAAAACGUAAUUAGGGAAUCUGUAUUCUUUACAAACGAACUAGUACCACACUCAAUCGUGCUUCAAGAUCGAAUGGAAAACGUCAUUUCAUUCAAAAAGCCAUGCAAAGAUAAUACAAUUCUUCACAGUGAAUUUCCACCACGAGCGAAUAAUCAAAACCACUUGGAAUGUCAAAAAUGUCAUGGUUCCAUUUCCAAUUGUGCCUAUAACUACUUUAAGCAUUCAAACAAAUCUGUAGUAAAGCUCUAUUCAUUAUAA